AUGAAGACAAUGUUGUCCUUUCUUUUAUUAAUUUCUAUUCCAGCGUUAAUAUCCUCUGAUUUCAUAAUAACAGAAGCAGAGCAGCAUAAGGGUGAUUAUGCGAACACUUUAUCAAAUGCUCUGAAGCUGGCCAGAAGAACACCGAAGGGGGAUCUUGAAAUCUAUAGUAUGAAGAUUGAUUGCAAAGUUACAUCUAGAUUUGCUCACAAUGUGGUAAUCACCCGGGUGGUAAAUCGAGCAAAUGAGUCAAGGGAAGCUUUCUUUGAAAUGGAAUUACCCAAAACAGCCUUCAUUACCAACUUCAGCAUGACUCUAGAAGGAGUGACAUAUGUGGGAGCUGUGAAAAAGAAAGAAGUUGCUCAGCAACAGUACCAGCAAGCUGUUUCACGGGGACAGACCGCAGGGCUUGUAAAAGUAUCUGGAAGAAAAAUGGAGAAGUUUAAAGUAUCAGUAAAUAUCGGACCGACCAAAAAAGUCACAUUUGAACUAACAUAUGAAGAAUUACUAAAACGUAACCUGGGGAAAUACCAGAUGAAUAUCAGAGUAAAACCUCAGCAACUUGUCAACCAUUUCCAGAUUGAUGUACACAUUUCUGAACCACAAGGGAUUGCCUUUCUGAAUGUUGAUGCAAAGUUCCUAAAUAAUAAUCUGACUUCACUUGUGAAAAAGACUCUUACUAGAACAAAGGGACAUGUUUCCUUCAAACCAACACUUGAAGAACAGCGCAAAUGUCCUGAUUGUCAUGAAACAAUUCUGGACGGAGAUUUCAUCAUAGAGUAUGAUGUCAAUAGAGACCUGUCUGCUGGUAGUGUUCAGAUUGUAAACGGAUAUUUUGUUCAUCACUUCGCACCUGCUAAUUUAUCCAGAAUCCCUAAAAAUGUCAUCUUUGUGAUUGACCACAGUGGAUCCAUGUCAGGAAUUAAAAUGCAUCAGACAAAUGAAGCUCUUCUAAAAAUUUUAGAUGACAUGAACCCAAAGGAUCAUUUUGCAAUUAUUAUAUUUGAUGAUACUUUUGAAACAUGGAACAAUACCAUAUUUCAAGCAACUCCGAGCAAUGUGAAUGAAGCUAAAAACUUUGUACAAACUAUUUCAGCCAGAGGAGGAACAAAUAUAAAUUCUCCUAUGUUGGAAGCAGUAAGAAUUCUGGACAAGGCCCAUCAAGACAAGCAACUGCCUGAAAGAAGUGUCUCCAUGAUUAUUUUGUUAACUGAUGGUGAUCCAAAUACAGGAGAAUCAAACCCAACAAAAAUCCAGCAGAAUGUUAAAAAUGCUGCCAAUGACAGGUACAACGUGUACUGCCUUGGCUUUGGUUAUGAUGUUAAGUACAGUUUUCUGGAGAAAAUGGCACUGGAGAAUAAUGGUGUAGCACGGAGAAUUUAUGAGGACUCAGAUGCUCCCUUACAGCUCCAGGGUUUUUAUGAUGAGGUGGCGAAUCCUUUGCUUUUGAAUAUUGAAUUGCAAUAUCCAGAGAAUGCCAUUUCAGAAUUAACGCAGAGCAAUUUUAAACAGUAUUACGAUGGUUCUGAAAUUGUCGUGGCUGGCAAGAUUUCAGAUGAUAACCUGGAAUCACUCAUAGCAGAGGUCCUUGCUCACACUGCCAAUGAAAACCUAAUACUAAAAGCUGAAGUGAAGGUAUCAGAAGUUGAAAAUGUGACUCAGCAGCAGCAAUACAUUUUUGGUGAUUUUACUGAGCGACUGUGGGCUUAUUUGACCAUACAACAGCUCUUAGAGAAGCGGGUUUCUGCAGCGGCAAAUGAAAAGAAAAACCUAACGGACCGAAUACUGGAGCUUUCGCUCAAGUACAGCUUUGUAACACCGUUAACAUCAAUGGUUGUCACAAAACCAGAGGAAACUAAGAAAGACAGCUUUGUGGUUGACAAACCGUCAGAAGAUGUUCUCCAGGAUACCAAUUGGGUAAGUUUUUUCAAUUCAUAUGUCAGCACUUCAAAUCCCUACUUAUACCUUGACAGUGAUCCUCAUUUUAUCAUUUCAAUAAAUGAUCACAGUGAUGCCAUUUGUUUCAACAUUGAUGGGAAACCAGGUGCAAUUCUAAAUCUGGUCACAGAUCCUUAUACAGAUUUUGUGGUAAAUGGAGAGUUGAUUGGAGAAAAGAAAAUAGAAAAUAUUGAUAAAAUAAACACUUACUUUGGAAAGUUUGGAAUUGUGAACAACAGAAUGGAUAUGAAAGUUGAAGUAUCAACUAAAAUGAUUACGGUCUUUCAUGGAGAAGACAAAAUUAUUUUCCCUUGGUCAGCGACAGCAUCUUUAACAAAAGAGAGUUUCUCAAUUUCAAUCAUGAAAGAAAGGAAUCUCACACUAACAAUGGGAGAUGAUGCAACAUUUGUUAUUGUGCUGCAUCGGGUCUGGAAAAAUCAUCCUCUACACAGAGACUUUCUGGGAUUUUAUACAAUUGACAGCCACAGGCUUUCAAAUAUGACCCAUGGAUUACUCGGCCAGUUUUACCAAGAAGUAAAUGCUGAGAUAUAUAACAUUCGCCCCGGCUUAGAUCAAGGCAAAUCUGAUGCAACAAUGAUUGUUAAAGGUCACAAACUUAGAGUUACAAGGGGGUACCAGAAAGAUUACAGAUUUGAUCCAAAGCGUGGUACCAAUCUCCCAUGCUGGUUUGUUCACUACAACGGGAAAGGAUUUAUUGAUGGAAUUCCCACUGACUACAUUGUUUCUUCUUUAUUUGACUCGAUAUAUCCAUAA